UGGUUCAUAACUGAACUGAGCUCAGAUUAGUAGCCUCACCGGUGGCUGUGUUGUAGAUAACGAUGAAAGCUCUAGCAUAUGGAGAAUUCCAGUUCUAAGAUUUGCUGCUUAUUUUCCAUCCUUUGGAUUCUUUUCUUGAUCGUUUCUAUUCCUAAUUCGUUUUCUUUAUACUCCCUCCGUUUCGUUUUAUUUGACGUCGCUAAGUCAAUCCGAAAUCAUUCUUUUUAUUUGACGCUGUAGUUCAGUCAUACUGCUGGUUUCCAUCUUUGCCCUCCUCCUCGCCCUGAUUCCUCAAAUCCGGCCGCCGCCGCCGCCGCGAGGGAUGCCGGCCUCGCCUGCGCGAUAUCCGCUGAGGCCAGCGCCGUGCUGGCCGUCAUGCGCCGCAGCCUCCGCCACCCGCGCGCCGUAGCCGACGACGCCGCGGCGGACCACCCGCUCGUCUCCUCCCUCAAGGCGCUGCGCCGCCUCGUCUUCUCCCCCGCCGCCGUGCUGCGGCCCUUCCUCUACGCGGUCCGCUCCGAGGACGCCGGCGCCGCGGUCACCUCGGCGUCGCUGGCCGCUCUCCACGAGGUGAUGGCGCUCAUGGGUCCGUCCCUCACGAGCGCCGCGCUGCGUGAAUGGGCCUGUCGCCAGCUGCCGGUUCGAGGCCGGGGCUGAUGCCGCCGCCGAGGAGGCCGUGCUGAUGCGGAUGCUGCAGUCGCUGCUCGCCUGCCUGCGCGCACCCGCCGCCACCGCCCUCGGGAACCAGCACGUCUGCACUGCCGUCAACACGUGCAUCCGUGUCGUCCACCACGCCGGCGCCAAGGGCGAGCUCCUGCAGCGAUUCUCGCGGCACGCCAUGCACGAGCUCAUCCGAUGUGUCUUUGCCCGCAACCGGCGAGGAGGAGAACAUACGCUCCUGGUGCCCUGGAACAUGUUCUUGAUUUCUGAUUGCAGUUCAUUUUGGGUUACCUGGAUAACUGCAACUGCAAUUCAGUGCUAUGAAGUCACAAUAAUCCCAACCUCCCUUCAGAACAGAGCAAGUCCUGAGACUGAAAAUGUGUUCAACGAUGCCUUUUGGGAGAGCCUGGAUGCUGUUGUCAAUGCGUUGGACAAUGUUGGACAAUGGAAUCUGGAACUCUUGGUGCUAAAUGUAACACACAGAUGGUGAUACCUCACCUAACACAGAACUUUUGGUAGAAAUUUGAGAUGUGAGCAUGCCUAUUUGAGCAUUUGUGUAGUGCCAAAUUGUUUGGUAGAAAUUUUGGAGUAGUUUUCAAUAGAAUCCUGUGAGCUUGAAAAUUUUGUAUUGUGUAAGUAAGACAAUUUGGAAUUGUGUCUGUAAUAUCAAUUGGAAUAAUGGCAAUAUGAAUGGCUGAAUAAUGUCAAUUGGAAGAAAUCA